GCUUAGAUCCUCCUCUUCUUUGUUGACCCAAAUUAGGGUUUAACAUUUUCUUUUUUAAUUUUUUCAAUAUUGGGCUUUUCUUGUUGCAAUUUGGGUGCCCAUUAAGCUUCAAAAGUUUUCUUCUUUUCAAAACUCUUAAUUCGCCCACUGGGUUACUGGGUUUUUGAGGAUAAGAGGAAGGCUAUGAACUUGUGUAUUCUUUUAUUGGGUUUCGAAAUUAAUUAAAGAAGCUGGUUGAGUUGGUUUUCCAAAUAGAUAACGGAAGAUGAUUGCGGAGAAACCUGGUUGGGUUAGGCAUGAGGGAAUGCAGAUUUUCUCCAUUGAUAUUCAGCCUGGUGGGCUCAGGUUUGCUACUGGUGGAGGUGACCACAAGGUUCGAAUUUGGAACUUGAAAUCGGUUGGUAGGAGUUUGGAAAAUGAUGAAUCAACACAAAGGCUUCUUGCAACACUUCGUGAUCAUUUUGGGUCAGUCAACUGCGUUAGGUGGGCUAAGCAUGGUCGGUAUAUUGCAUCAGGGUCUGAUGAUCAGGUGAUUUUGGUUCAUGAGAGGAAGCCUGGUUCUGGAACUACUGAGUUUGGUAGUGGAGAGCCCCCAGAUAUUGAGAACUGGAAAGUUGCUAUGACUUUGAGAGGACACACUGCCGAUGUGGUGGAUCUUAAUUGGUCUCCUGAUGACUCAAUAUUGGCUAGUGGAAGUUUAGACAACACCAUCCAUAUAUGGAAUAUGAACAAUGGCAUAUGUAUUGCUGUUCUUAGGGGUCAUUCAAGCUUGGUUAAAGGAGUAGCCUGGGAUCCUAUUGGCUCCUUCAUAGCGAGUCAAUCUGAUGAUAAGACUGUCAUUAUAUGGCGAACAAGUGAUUGGAAUCUUGCUCACAGAACUGAUGGCCACUGGGCAAAAUCAUUGGGAUCUACAUUUUUUAGACGGCUUGGAUGGUCUCCUUGUGGCCAUUUCAUAACAACUACUCACGGUUUCCAGAAGCCAAGACAUUCAGCACCUGUUUUAGAGAGAGGAGAGUGGGCAGCAACAUUUGACUUCCUAGGACAUAAUGCCCCAAUUAUAGUGGUGAAGUUUAAUCAUUCAAUGUUCAGGAGGAAUUCCUCCGAUUUACAAGAAGUGAAAGCUGGACCUGUUGGGUGGACAAAUGGGCCAUCUAAGAUUGGAGGGAAAGAAUCGCAGCCGUACAAUGUUAUUGCAAUUGGAAGUCAAGAUCGUACUAUUACUGUAUGGACUACAGCUAGUCCUCGCCCUCUCUUUGUAGCCAAGCAUUUUUUUUCUCAAAGUGUUGUGGAUUUAUCCUGGAGUCCUGAUGGGUAUUCACUUUUUGCAUGUUCCUUAGAUGGAACAAUUGCUACUUUCCACUUUGAGGCAAACGAAUUGGGUUGUAGAUUGAGUGAUGAUGAACUUGAUGAGUUAAAGCGGAGUCGUUAUGGUGAUGUCAGAGGUCGACAAGCAAAUCUAGUAGAGAGUCCAGCACAAUUAUUGCUGGAAACAGCCUCAGCUAAGCAAAAUACAACUAAAAAAGUGGUUUCAAAUGUUCAACCAAUUCAGGCACCUUCAAAGUCUUCUGUCAAUGUAGAAGUUACCACAAAGACUUCUGAACCUCAAGUUGAUGAUGCAAAGAAAAAUGGGGGAGCUGUUGGUGAUGGUGGGUUGAAUAAAGUGGCAACUUCAGGCCGAAUUUCUAGUCCAGUAAAACAAAAAGAAUAUAGACGCCCUGAUGGUAGAAAGAGGAUCAUUCCAGAAGCAGUGGGUCUGCCUGUUCAGCAGGAAAGUAUUCCAGGCGGUGCGACAUCUCAAACGCUUGAGUUCCCUCUUGUGCCAUGUGAUAACAGAAAGAAUAAUGGGGUGGUUCUCAUGGAUGGUGGUACAAGAGAAGUUGUGAGGGGGACACUAGGCAGAAGCUCUGACAUGAAGGAGCGUACUGGAGUUACUGCCAGGGCUACUGUUACUGAGAGCCUGGUUAUUGAGAAGGUUUUGGUACCUGCAGGUGGAGAUGGAAGUGUUAAUGUGGAACAGUCUGGGAGUUCAAAGGCUUCUGGUUCUUUGGCUACUUACAGUACAACUCUUUCUAUUAGGGUAUUUGAUAAGAAAGAAGCAGUAGAUACUGUACCAGUUUGCUUGGAAGCUUGUCCGAGAGAGCAUGCUGUAAAUGACAUUGUUGGAAUGGGAAAUACAUGUAUGAUGAAAGAAACAGAAGUUGUUUGCAAAAGAGGAACCCAAACUCUUUGGUUUGACAGGAUUAUUGGGAAGGUCACUGUUUUAGCUGGAAAUGCUAACUUCUGGGCUGUUGGGUGUGAAGAUGGUUGCCUACAGGUUUAUUCUAAAUGCGGAAGACGUGCUAUGCCAACCAUGAUGCUGGGAUCAGCUGCCACAUUUAUGGACUGUGAUGAGAGUUGGAAAUUGUUACUUGUCACAAGGAAGGGAUCCUUGUAUGUAUGGGAUCUCUUCAACAGGAAGUGUCUGCUUCAUGAUUCAUUGGCAUCUCUUAUCACUGAAGAUCUGAUUUCAUCUACUAAAGGUGCAGGCAAAAUCAAAGUCAUAUCUGCCAAAUUAUCAAAAUCAGGUUCUCCCCUCAUUGUUCUGGCCACACGCCAUGCGUUCCUCUUUGACACAAGUCUCAUGUGCUGGCUGAGGGUUGCAGAUGAUUGCUUUCCAGCAUCAAAUUUUGCCAGCUCCUGGAAUUUUGGUUCAGUUCAGAGUGGUGAGCUGGCUGCAUUGCAGGUGGAUGUUAGGAAAUAUUUAGCGAGAAAGCCAGGCUGGAGCAGGGUAACUGAUGAUGGAGUGCAGACACGUGCUCAUUUGGAAUCUCAGUUGGCAUCUUCGUUGGCUAUGAGAUCUCCCAAUGAAUAUCGCCAGUGCCUCCUUUCCUACAUCCGCUUUCUAGCAAGGGAAGCAGAUGAGUCUCGUUUACGAGAAGUUUGUGAAGGUUUUCUUGGACCUCCAACUGGGAUGGUUGAAGCCACAUCCACAUCUGAAGAUUUAAAGAAUACGACAUGGGAACCUUGUGUGCUUGGAAUGAGAAAGCACAAACUUUUAAGAGAGGAUAUACUUCCUGCAAUGGCAACAAAUAGGAAAGUCCAGCGGUUGCUCAAUGAGUUUAUGGAUCUCCUGUCUGAAUAUGAAAGUACUGAAAUUAACAUAGAGCAAAAAGAUCCUGCAUCUCCCACUAUAUCCGCAUUAGCAACUGACCAAAUGGACUCUGCUCCACCUGCUACUGACCAAGUGAAUUCUACCCUACCGGAUAUUGAUCAAAUGGACUCUGCCCCUAUAGGAAUUGAUAUAAUGGACUCCACCCCAUUGGUGAUUAACCAAAUGGCCAACACCACACCAGCAACAAACCAAAUGGACACGAACCUAGCAGCAUCUGAUAAAAUGGACUCUGCCCUGCCAGCAACUGACCAGAUGGACUGUACCUCAACAUCAACCGACCAGAUGGACUGUACCUCAGCAUCAACCGACCAGAUGGAACCUGCCCCACAAGCAACUGACCAGCUGGAACCUGUCCCACCCGCAAUUGAUCAGAUGGACUCUGCUUCCCUUGCAACUGAUCAAGAGGACUCCAUUACACUGGCUACAGAUGGGACGGACCCUGCGGCUCUGGCAUCAGAUAAAGUGAAUUCAGUUUUACCAAUGACAGAACAAGUAAAUUUAGAACCUGUACCAGAUCAAGGUAAUCUUGCCCCAGCUGCACAAGAUUCUGGUUCCUAAAUUCUGCAUCUUGAGAUGAUAAGCAUCAGAGGUAUUUUUUUAAUAUAAGAACUUACUUAUUGAUGGUGUUGCUGAACAGUGAAGUGGACAAAGAUACAUCUUUUGCUUUUUGGUUUAUUCUUCCCUCUUCAGCUUAUUGCAUGAAAUCCAUCCUUCUAGUAUCUGCAGUAAAAAAUCUAUUUCAAUUUAAAUAGCUGUGGUUUCUCUCUUAUGAUACCUCGGAAUGUAACAGAGGAUCUCACUCGGAAUGUAACAGAGGAUCUCACUCCUUUAGUUAACAAAUUUUCAAUAUCUUCUCAUUUAUAGGAUUGUGUAGCCAAUUUAAUGGAUUUAAUUUCUUGUAAAAAUUUUAGGCAUAAUGUGAAUCAGAUUAGUGGAUAGGUUAUCUUCA